UAGUUACCUCACAUUAAUUCACUUCCCGCCAUUUUUAACACACAUAACUCUACCGCCUAACUCCUUCACCUCACAGCUCCAACUGUAUUUUUCGACCAAUCAUAAAGCGUUCUGAGAGUCAUGUGACUUGCACUCGUUCUCCCCCGCGUAGCCAGACGUGACGUUAUCCUUGUCACUUUCCCGCCGUUUAUUCCAUUCCAGUUUUUUUUUUUUUUUUUACUUCCCCCUACACACACCUGGCGCGCGCUGGCACGUCAGUAAUCACGUGUCACCAGCCUGACCUAUCCUGAGUGUUGCCGACAGUCAUGUGACUGGCAGCCGCUUCCCCGCGCAGUCCUCCUGUCAGAGCAGUGAGGAUGGCUGAGGCGGCCGCUCCAGGUGCCAUAAUCUUCCUCCUCGUCUCCCUGUCUGUCCGUCCGGUGUCUCCCUGGCUGCUGGGUCUCCGCCCGGAGGACACGGUGGGCGGCCGUGUAUCCCUGGAGGGUGGCACCCUGCGAGCGGCCGAGGGGACCCGCUUCACCCUUCGCCUAUACUUCCAGCCCCCGCUAUCGGCCCAGCAGCAGCUGAGCUCCGCGGGUAACGGUUCCGGCCCGCCCCCCAGGCUGGUGUUCAUCGAGGAGCCCCGGGCGGCAGGCGAGCCUCCGUGCCAAGACGAGGGGUCCUGGGCAUCGGACGUGGAGGUGCUCGGCCCCCUGCAGCCCUCCCCGCACGGAGGCUCGGCCCUGGUGGAAGUCCGAGUGCGGGAGCUGCGAAAGGGGGAGCGGGGGAAGCAGUUCUCACUGUGCGCGUUUGACGGGCGGCACUGGGAGCACCAUGGAGGCGAGCACUUCGUGCUGGAGGUGCGGGAGGCUGCCGAGGCUACACCGGCCUGGCUGCGAGCUCUGGUGGCGCUGCUCCUGCUCGCCAUGUCCGCGCUCUUCAGCGGCCUCCGCCUCAGCCUGCUGUCCCUGGACCCGGUGGAGCUCCGGGUGCUGCAGAACAGCGGCUCCCCAGCGGAGAAGGAGCACGCCUGGCGGGUGCAGUCAGUGCGGGCACGGGGCUCCUACCUGCUGUGCACGCUGCUGCUGUGCAAUGCCAUGGCCAACGCCUCCCUGGCCGGCUGGUUGUGCUCGUCCCUCCCCGCGGAGCCCUGGCUGGCCGUGCUGCUGUGCACUGCCUGCGUCUUCCUGUGCGGAGAGGUGGCGCCCUACUCGGUAUGCUCCCGGCACGGCCUGGCCAUCGCCUCCCGCACCCUGUGGCUCACCCGCCUGCUAAUGGCCGUCACCUUCCCGGUGUCCUACCCGCUCAGCCGCCUGCUGGACUGGGCCCUGCGCCAGGAGAUCAGCACCUUCUACACCCGGGAGAAGCUGCUGGAGAUGCUGCGGGCGGCCGAUCCCUACAACGACCUGGUGAAGGAGGAGCUGAACAUCAUCCAGGGCGCCCUGGAGCUCCGCACCAAGGUGGUGGAGGACGUGCUCACCCCGCUCGGGGACUGCUUCAUGCUGCGCUCCGACGCCGUGCUCGACUUCAGCACCGUGUCCGAGAUCCUGCGCAGCGGAUACACCCGCAUCCCCGUCUACGAGGGCGACGACCUGUCCAACAUCGUGGACAUCCUGUUCGUCAAGGACCUGGCCUUCGUGGACCCGGAUGAUUGCACCCCGCUGCAGACCAUCACCCGCUUCUACCACCGCCCGCUGCACUGCGUCUUCAAUGACACCCGGCUGGACACCGUGCUGGAGGAGUUCAAGAAGGGUAAAUCUCACCUGGCCAUAGUGCAAAGGGUCAAUGACGAAGGAGAAGGGGAUCCAUUUUAUGAAGUAAUGGGAAUUGUUACACUAGAAGAUAUCAUAGAAGAGAUCAUAAAGUCAGAGAUCCUAGAUGAGACCGAUCUGUACACUGAUAACAGGAAGAAGGAAAGAAUUCCUCACCGGGAAAGGAAACCGCAGGACUUCUCCUUGUUCAAGCUGUCGGACAGUGAGAUGAAGGUGAAGAUUUCUCCUCAGCUUCUGCUGGCUACACAUCGAUUCAUGGCAACAGAGAUUGAGCCUUUCAAAGCUCCAUACCUGUCAGAGAAAAUUCUGCUACGUUUGCUGAAACAUCCACAUGUGAUCCAAGAACUGAAGUUUGAUGAUAAAAAUAAAAGGUCUUCAGAACAUUUUCUUUAUCAGCGCAAUAAACCAGUGGACUAUUUUAUUUUAAUCCUCCAGGGAAAAGUGGAAGUCGAAGUUGGAAAAGAGGGAUUGCGAUUUGAGAAUGGAGCUUUCACCUACUAUGGUGUUCCUGCUAUACUGACCACUGUGUCCUCUGUAGACAAUGAUGUGAGAAAAGUUGGGAGUUUAGCUGGAUCAUCCUUUCUCUUACCUGUGUCGGUAUCUCGUACCUUCGCUUUCAGCAGAGGGGAAUCAUUGGCUGGCUCCCCAGUAAACAGAUCCCCUUCUCGCUGCAGUGGUUUGAACCGCUCUGAGUCCCCUAACAGAGAACGUAAUGAUUACGGGGGCAGCAACAACCAGCUAAGCAACAGCAACAACAACCUCUACAUACCAGACUACUCUGUCCACAUCCUGUGUGAUGUCCAGUUCAUCAAGAUUACAAGGCAACAGUAUCAAAAUGCAUUGGCAGCCAGUCGUAUCGACAUUUCUCCACAGUCCCCAGAAAUAGAAGUAUUCAUUGAUGGCGAUUCCUCAAAAGUUACAAAGUAUCACAGAGUAUCCGAAUCUCCAAAAGAUGACACUGUGACCACAUUAGUGAGUGACAGAAAUUGCAACCUAGCCAACAGCAGAUCAGAUGUUCAGAAAAGUCCGAAUGACUCUGUGUUCUUACAUAUGGAUGAUAUCCCUCAAAUAAGAGAGGAGCUGGCAGACAUUUACAACUGCACGACAAAUCCAGAUUCCUGCAGCAUCAUUUUGGACACAGAGCAUUCCGGUGGUGAGAAAAUAUCCAGUUCAUCGGUGAAUAGCGCAGAGGAGACACUUGGCAAGAAGUUAUUGAGAACACUCAGUGGCAAAACAAGGAAAAAAUCCAGAGAUGCGGAUAAAAGUCCUGAAGAAAGUUCCGUUUUGCGCCUAAUCACAUGAAGGCAAAUCCACGUUAAUAGACAGAUGCGAUAGCCGGGAUUAUCGGUGGGAGUUUCACAAGUUCCUCUUUUCUCCUCCUCUAGACAAGCCACUUGUUUGCCAUGCCUAUGCACUUUUAUUUUUCUGAACACACGUUUUCUACAUGUAUCUUACAGUACAGUUACUUGAAGCUGCAGAAAAAGUAUGGAAUGCAGACUUAGUCCACUUGUCAUACAGAAUAUGGGAAAUGGUGAAUUCCGUAUCUGUAAACAUCAUGUAUAGUGUUCUUUAUAUCGUACUUAGUAUAAGCUGGUCCAGAAACAGUGUAAGUAAAGUCCCAGCA